AUGAACAUCUACGCCAGAAACAUAAAACGAUUGUAUUGAUGUCAAAGUAGCGGCCCACCGUUAAACAAUGUUGAAAGAAAUUGAUACAAGUUGUGAUAAGGAAAAGUGUAAUACACUUAUUUGUAGUGAACUCAAAGAAACACAAAGCUAUAACGAAAGAUAUCGAUUACAAUGCCUUUUAGACUGUGAAAACUUUGGUUUGAGCCUAUGUGAUCAAAUUAUUAAAGUAUGUGGAUGGUCACGCAGCGUUCGUGUUCAAGGAGGGGGAUCUUUUGUGUUUAUUACAUUAAGCGAUGGUUCCACUCCUCGAAAUCUGCAGAUAAUUGUAACAAAAGAUAUUCCAGAUUUUGAGACCCUUACAAAAUGUGGCACAGGAUGUUCAUUUUGCUUUACUGGUGUUGUGACAAAAUCCCCUGGAAAAAACCAACAUAUUGAAUUAGCUUUAAAUGAUAAGGAAAAACAUUCAUUUAUCAAUUAUGGAAAAACCAACGCAGCCAAAUAUCCUUUAAGUAAAAAGCAACAUGGACGGGAAUUUCUAAGAAGUAUUCUUCAUCUUCGACCUCGCUCGAACUUGAUGGGAUGCGUCAGUAGAAUCAGAUCGAAUAUGGCGAUGGCAACGCAUUCCUUUUUCCAUAAAAAAGGAUUUCUUUAUGUACACACACCAAUCAUUACUGAUUCCGAUUGUGAAGGAGCUGGAGAAAUGUUUCAAGUCACAACAUUACUUGACGACGAUGCAUCUAAAAUACCGACAUAUUACGAUAAAGCUACCAAUAAAACACUUGUAGAUUACAAAAAAGACUUUUUCACUAAGAAAGUUUUUUUAACAGUUUCUGGACAAUUAUCCGUCGAGAACUACUGUUGUAGUCUUUGUGAUGUUUAUACAUUUGGGCCAACAUUUCGAGCUGAAAAUUCACACACAUCAAGACAUCUUGCAGAGUUUUGGAUGAUUGAACCUGAAUUAGCUUUUGCCAAUCUUGAUGACAAUAUGCAUUGCGCUGAAAGCUAUUUAAAGUACUGUGUUACUUGGGCUUUAAAACAUUGUCAACCAGAUUUACUUUGGUUGGAUGAAAAUAUUGAGAAAGGUUUAAUAAGACGUUUGGAAAAUAUCAUUGCUGAACCCUUUGAACGCCUUUCGUAUACAAAUGCUAUUGUUUUGCUUGAGAAACACUGUGAUAAAUUUGAAAUCAAACCUGAGUGGGGCAUGGAUUUAGGAGCAGAGCAUGAACGAUUUAUUACUGAAAUAAUAUUUAACAAACCUGUUAUUGUGUUCGACUAUCCUAAGGAUUUAAAAUCAUUCUACAUGAAGCAACAACCUGAUAUGAGAACAGUUGCUGCGAUGGACGUUCUGGUUCCUAAGAUUGGGGAAGUUAUCGGAGGAUCGCAAAGGGAAGACAAUCUUGAAAUUUUAGAGAGGAAAUUGGAAGAAAAGGGUUUAAAUAAAGAGUCUUACUGGUGGUAUUUACAACUUCGUGAAUACGGAACAAUUCCACAUUCCGGCUUUGGAUUAGGGUUUGAACGACUUAUUAUGCUUGUUACGGGUGUUGACAACAUUCGCGAUGUCAUUCCGUAUCCCAGAUAUGUGGGACAUGCGGAAUUUUGAAGUGUAACCUUGAACUUUUUCAUAGGACUUUAUACUAAAUUUAAAUUUUUUGUUUUUAC